UCGAGACGAGACAAACCCUAGGCGAGCAGUCUUCCUUAAUCAAUCCCCAAAUUUGAACAAAGAACUCAAGACAGUGAAGACGGCAAACCCGAACCAAGGCGCGGAUCUGGUCGCCCUACCAAUUCCUUCCCGGAUUGUGGUAGGAAUGUAGUCACCUACGUAGCUCGCCGCGGGCAGAACGCCGGUGAGCGCUUCUACAAGUGCCGUAACCACAACGUAAGAAUGUUAUUUUUGGCACGGUCCGCUGCUUGUAUGACAAUGACGAGCCGGAGCCAAAUGUUGUUUUGUUUGGUGCCAUGGAGGCUAAGUUGCCCAAGAGGACGUAUGCCAAGUCUGCAAGCUUCGCCGGCAACCCAUGGACAAGUGGAUGCCUACCACAGCCUCCACCGCUGCCAUUAGUUCACAGGUUCUACACGUGGCUAUCGGAAGGUAAUGAUUUUGUUAUGGACAGGUAGCAUCCUUGUUGUUUGUUAAUUUUUUUCAUGCGGAUGGUACAUCAAGUACUUGCUGCCUGAAAUGCUUGUUUGAUACCAAUAACUGACGGAUUAAUUUUCUUGUUUUUCUCAUGCAUACGGCAUAUGGUUCGAGCACAUGUAUCCGAGGUUUUUGAGGGUAAAUGAUGUGUCCGUUCAGCGGCAAAUUGCAGGGGCGCACCCGCUCGACAAUGAGGUAGCUGUGCUUGCAAUAAGGAGGUUUCAUCAGCUGGGUGUGGGUGCAUAUGUUGUCAACGUAUACAUGCUAUUGGAGGGAAGUUCUUGAACAUGAUUUCUCGGCGAAAAAGUGGUACACAUGAAGUCUGUCCAACUUCAACUUGGAAAUGCCAAUCAUGAUAUCACAGCAUGCCAGAUGUUUUUCGUCCCUGUCAUUCUAGAUCAUGGAUGGGCUGUGUACAUGUGGGAUAUGUUCAGGAAGGAGAUCCAUGUUCUGGACCCAUUGUGUGCACAAGUUGCUGGAGAAGAGCAGCGCCAUAUGACCCACCAAGAGGCUAUCUCACAGAUUCACACGGCAUUAUUCAGUUGCUUUAACGAGUUCUUUGUGAAAUGGCAUUGUCUAGCUGACAGAUGGAAGCGCAAGUUUCCUAGGAUAACACGUGAUGUUUUCAUAAGGGAUGAGUCUGGAAUGUGUAUGCUUCAUGCAAUCAGGCACUACGAUGGGGAUAAGAUGAUGUGGCCACUGACUAGGAAAAACCUGGCCACUUUUCGGCAAACAACUAUUUUCGAGGUCUUUCGCCUGCGCGACAAGCACGGGAUUUAUGUGCGGAUAAAAAUCGUGACGGGUCAUCACUGUUUGGAGGGUGUUGUCUGGUAUGGUCGUUUGGGAUUCAUUACAUCUGGAUCUGCAAAAGAUAAAAUCAUGUACGUUUUAUCAGUAGUGGCAGAUUGUACAAAGUAG